GGGCCGGGCCCCCCACCGCCGGCCAGGCCUCGCCUGGGCUUCUGCCAGCGUUUGCCAAGACCUUGCCGCGACCCGCAGGCUUUGGGAAGACUGCCUGGUAAAAGGCGUUGCUGUAGCGGAAUAAUAACGAGCGUGAUGGAUGCUUUGGCCCGGUUCACGGGUUUAAAGCAUUUUAAAAUGCUGCAGCUCCACAGUUGAAGAUCCUCUCACGCUGAUGUUUUCACUGCGGUUGGAAGCUGUACAGGCAUCAGCUUCUUAGCUGCUCUUCCUCUUGCUGAUACAGAAGAGCCUAGGGAUUUUGACCGAUUCAAAAUGAACGAACAUCCUAAAAAGAGGAAAAGGAAGACUCUACAUCCUUCUCGAUAUUCAGAUUCUUCAGGUGUAAGCAAAUACAUAGACAAUAGUGGAAUUUUUUCUGACCACUGUUACAGCGUCUGUUCUAUGAAACAGCCAGAUAUCAAGUUUUCUGAUAACAGAGGCAGAUUCCACAGUCCUGCGCAAAGUCUAGAUACUGAUGAUGAUGGGAGUCCAGUGCAUGCUGGGACUUCUCAGUGGAGUGGAUCGCAUUCAAAUGUUGUGGGGAUGCACUAUACAGACCCCAAAAAGAAAGAGAAAGAAAAAGCUGCUAAUAAUGGAAUGUGCAAGGAUAUAUGCGAUUCGCCUAUAUUCAGUGACAGCCCUACAGAAGAAGAGAAACCCCUUGAUAUUCAAACUGUAGAAAUUUCUACAACAGAGGUUAAUGCUGUAGAAGUUCACGAUAUAGAAACGCAAACUGUUUCACCUGAGAAGCUAGAAGCUGAGGACCUAGAGGAAAUCCCUGUUGAAACCUGUAAAAUCUUUGAGAAGAACCAGGCUUUGAAUAUCACAGCUCAGCAGAAAUGGCCUUUGCUGAGAGCCAACAGCAGUGGUUUAUAUAAGUGUGAGCUCUGUGAGUUUAAUAGCAAGUACUUUUCUGAUUUAAAGCAGCACAUGAUCCUGAAGCAUAAAACGUGUACAGACACUCCUGUCUGUAAAGUUUGUAAGGAGAGUUUCUCCAGCAAAUUGCAGCUUAUUGAACACGUGAAACUACACGAGGAGGAUCCAUACAUCUGUAAAUAUUGUGAUUACAAAACAGUAAUCUUUGAGAAUCUAAGUCAGCACAUAGCAGACACUCACUUCAAUGACCACCUUUAUUGGUGUGAGCAGUGUGAUAUGCAGUUCUCCUCGAGCAGUGAGUUGUACCUGCACUUCCAGGAGCACAGCUGUGACGAGCAGUAUUUGUGUCAGUUCUGUGAGCAUGAAACAAAUGAUCCAGAAGAUUUGCAUAGCCACGUGGUGAAUGAACAUGCAUGUCGACUGAUAGAGUUAAGCGACAGCUAUAACAAUAAAGAACGUGGACAGUAUAGUCUCAUAAACAAAAUCAGCUUUGACAAGUGCAAAAACUUCUUUGUGUGCCAAGUGUGUGGCUUUAGGAGCAGGCUGCAUACAAACGUCAACAGGCAUGUAGCUAUUGAACACACCAAAAUAUUCCCUCAUGUUUGUGAUGACUGUGGGAAGGGCUUUUCAGGUAUGUUGGAAUAUUGCAAGCAUUUAAGCUCUCACUUAUCUGAAGGGAUUUAUUUGUGUCAAUACUGUGAAUAUUCAACAGGACAGAUUGAAGAUCUUAAAACUCAUUUGGAUUUUAGGCAUUCAGCCGAUUUACCUCAUAAAUGUACCGAUUGCUUAAUGAGGUUUGGAAAUGAAAAAGAUCUUUUAAGUCACCUUCAGGUACAUGAGACAGCUUAAUUAACAUUCUUUCCCUGUAAUCGAUUCGUUAGAAUGGGAAUUCUUUCCAGUCAGUCACUAAAAUGUGAAGUUAAAUACAAUUUAACAGCGAUUGUACAGUGGAAAAUACUCACGCUUGCUCUUUGUAUCAACAGAACACGUAUGACAACUUGGCGUUGUGAAUUUUCUUACUUGGGGGUUUCCGUAGGAAUAAUCGCAUUUAGAGUGUGAUGGAUCAGAUGCUGGGGGGAGGGACAGUGGGAGUAGUUGCCUGUUGUAAUAGCCGUUCUGAAGGUCAUCCUGUAUUUUCAUGUUUAAUAUUAAAGAGCUGCUUUCUUAAGAGUUUUAAAAAGAGACAAAGAGAAAGCCAACAGCUAGUUUCACGCUUAAGUAACUGUGCUUGCCAUAGCGUUCACUUGCACACCGAACUCAUGUUACCCUCUGCAGCAGCAGGUCAGCGUGCUUAUGUCUAGCAAAUUGCACUGGCCGGCCGAAGAUAAGCGUAAAAAUUCCCAGGCACGCAGUCUCUAAAAUCAUAUGUUAGCCUGCAUUUCCCACCCCCUGCUUUUGAUAAGCUUUCAAAAUUGACCUGUUUCCUUGGAGUACCUGUCCUACGUCGUGGUUUUGCUUCCUGUCUUUCUCUGUGCAGUGUUUAAUUUCGACAUCUGUCUGUGGAACCGCCCAGCAAUACCUUCUAGUGCUUCAUCAACUCCCACACGUUUACAACAGACUUCCCCUAUUGUUUUUGUCUCCUUCGUUUACCUUCAGCCCUUAUCUUUCUUUUGAUACGUUAAUGAGAUGUGUGGCCUGCCUGUAGGUCGGGUCAGGUUUUAAGGCGCCAUUGUAAGGGAAUUUGCCAAGUGAUCCAGCUGAGAAUGUACGAAAAGCAUGGUCUUUGCAUGUAAAAUCGUAAUUGAGCUCUCGCUAAAAGGGUGUAUGUCAGCAACCUCAUUUAGAGCAAGGCUCUAUUUGUUUAUAUUAUUAUAAUUCGGUUACUUUGUGAUUAGCUUUCUGCCGCUGGUAGUUGGAGGACAGGUAUUUUAAUUCUGUAAAUUUUAAACUUAUCCUAUGUACUGGUUUAAAGCCCCGGCACAGUACAUAAAUUCUGUUAACUUUAAUCAUUUUCAAAUGAUUUUGCACAUCACAUUCAAUAGUACUGUCUUUAUAUUAUAAUCUUUAAAAGUGAAUUUUUAAGCUUCAUCCUGUAGCUGUAUUUCUGAGUGACUGAUGCUUGGGCUGAUAGUAAGGAUGAGAUCAUUUAGAUUGUGGUAGUUAUUGGGGUGAAAUUACCCCUAUGUAAGUGGUGGAAUUUCAAUGUCUUUCUGUAUUGACUGUAAACUUGUAUGGAAGAUUGUCUAAUGCAAGCUUUGUAUAAAUCAUGUAUAAAACA